AUGCUUGUGUUACUAAUAAUGACAACUGCAGUUAACCCUAAAAGCACUGGAACAAUACUUAAAAAGAGCAAAAAUUCCUUAAGGGUUCCCAAAAAGGCAAUUAACGAAUCUGUUUUGGAGUCAGUUCCCAUCGAUUCCACUGAUUUCGUAGAAGAAAUAGAACCAUACCUUCAGGACAACUGUCGGUUUCGUAAAUUCGCAAAGGAGGCUACUCAUGUUAUUGGAGCGUGGCUCAUCCAUAAUCGCAAACUAGAAGAAGCCUUUGGAAAGGCUAGAAGGCGUCUGCAGCAGGGUGAUGGGCUCGGCACGACCAAGACUGUUGGUGUAAGCACGCAGUGCGGUUUUCUUUUCACCAAGAAAUGGAGCGUCGUGCAAUCUAUUGCUUCGGAUGGGCCCAAACCGGGAAACCUGCCUUCUACGUGGCUAGGAAAACCCAAAAAUGGUGUGCUGUAUGUUAGCCCGGAAAAAAACCAUGCAUGGUCUUAUGUAUUUUCAGGGGUUACGAUUAGCCAGUGUGCCGAUAUCAGCCUCGCCUACCUAACAACCAGUUUUUUUGGAGACGGUGACCUUAACCAACCCGUGUCACCGACCGCAGACGACUCCGAGUCGAUUCCCGUCACUGACCCAAUUUACUUCGUUAUCCUAAUGCGGUGGCUGAAGGGUAAGGUCUAUUCGGUGCAGGCCACACCCCCGGCGUCAAAGAAUGCCGAGAGCGGGUCGCAGUCACCUCCGCCCGCCGAUUCUCGACUGGACCCGCAGCCCGGUUUCACCUGCCACAUGACUAAGUGGAGUCGAAUGGAUCCGCUUGAUCCCACGAAGGUAACGCUGGAGGAGGCCUUCCACGUCAGCCAGGUAAGUGCCCCCAGUUGGGUUGAACUCAUUGUCGCUUAUCGGUCGAUUUUACCUGUCUGGGGCACUUGUAAGUUGAUUGUGAUGUAUGCUGUUGUUUUACGCCUCAAGGUCUACAUUUAUGAGUAUGACGAGGACAUGGACUUGAAAGAGGCGCCCGAGCACAUCAUCCCCUUCGCAGUGAUCAAAUGCCGGUGGGGACUGUCGCUUGACAAGCACCCUCUGUUUGCCUCUGUGAAUGACGGGGCCAUCCUCUUGCGUGUCUCCCCACCCCCUCCAGAACCGGAGGGUGCUCAGCCACGGCGGUCUCUUUUAAGCACCCCACCAGGCAAAGAGAAGCUCUUGGCCGAGAAAAGCUACCUACCACCGCCACCCGACUGGCAUGAGGGAUUUCUCCCCGGGCCACUUAGGAAACCCCCUCGAAUGUCUAUGGCGAGAGCAAAGCUAACCGCUGCGCCUGCCUUCCCCGGUCCACCAGUGGCCGCUGCCCCCACGACGAUGGUCCACCCGCCCACCGUUCGUCCGGUCAGCCACGCCGCUCCUCUGCCCACUCCCAAUCGCCAGAGAACGCCUUCUGGCAGCCUGGGGGAUUCGCGAGGCGUGAAGGCCCCCCUUCAGGCAUGCUACUAUGCCCUGGACCCCAUUGUUGCCUCCGGGCGGGCUCUUCAGGCUACGGCGGACGCCUCGUGUGCCCAGGCCCGCGCCCCGUCCACCGACGGUCUGCCACGCUACCUCAUCAACACCUGCUACCUGGUGUGGCCUGUCUCCAAGCCAUUGGAAGGCGCUGACGCGGAGAACAAGAAGCCGACGGAAGUUGAGAGUUGGCAGUUCCCUGUGGAAAUAAUAUCUUAUCGAAAUCCAUCAUUCCAAGUGUACGAAGGGCUGUUGCAACCACGGUUUAUAGUCUCAGGUCUCAUCUCGUUCUCCCGGUUGCACCAUGAAUUGGCAGGUGUGGAGGAGCCCAGUGGGUCUGCGUCUCCACCUCCAGCUUCGGUUUCCGACUCCGCGUCUCCCACCCUCCCUGCUGCUGCUGCCGCCGCCACACUUGACGCCGGCGUUCUCGAUCCGCGCCGUCCCCGAACUCGCCCAACCCUACCCCCGUGCCCCCCUUUCGUCUCGAUCGACCGCUUGCGCGAGUGGAUCGUUCCCAGUGAGGAGAACGUCGAGAACAACGCCUCGGCCAAGCCGAGUCGAUUCGCCGGCUACAGGGGCAACUACUUCUUGCUAACUCUUCCAGAUCCUACCACGCAGCGAUGCGACGUGGCCAAACUCUGCGAGACACUGCGAAGCAGACAGCUGGCUUGCUUCAUCAAAAUGCCCUGCAGCCAGAACGCGGUUUUUUGUAUAUUUCCUGAAUCGGAUUUCUCUAGGUCGCUUGGCAUUCCUCAGCUGGAAAGCGUCGACGCCGUUUCCUUCCAUGGCAUUUUGCUCCUUCCGCACUCCAUUCAUUCUUCUCUACUGGUAAAGUGCACAUGUCAAUUCGUGCAGCGCUCAGGAAUCAGCGACCCUCCCAAUCCGAAAACGCCUGCAAUGCCUAAUGCUUCGUUUGUUGUAGCUCCUUCAGACAACCAGUGGAAUAUAAGUCUCCCCACACUUGUUGCCGCCUUGCCAGACAAUGGGAAAAGCCUUAUACGCAAGACCAUAGAUUCAAUGUGGAAUGCAAAAGAGAGUCGGAAGGAGCAGCCCUCCAGUCCAGCCGUUACUCCUACUUUUUCCUCCACAAGCCCCCCAAAAGCAUCAGCCCCGAAGCAUUCAACUUCCGUUGCACCCAUUACAGACACGAAAUCAAAGGGUAGUUCAAGCCAUGAUGCGGCCGCCUCGCCUUCGGUCUCCUGUGAUAUGGAUUUAGACACUUCUUGCGAGUCUGGCGUUGCCUCGCCCCUCACGCCAAUUCGAAAACUGAACCGAAAACGCAGCGAGAUGGCCGACUUGAUGUACUUCGACAUGCCCAAACCUCUGGUUCCUCCUGCGCCUGAAGAGUAUUCGCCCGAUGCCUUCCCUUUCAAUCCACCCGCGAGUCUUGACAACGCAUUUGACAGGGUUGAGGUGGUUGACAUAUCGGGACCAACUGUGAAAUCAUCCGCCGACACGUCCUCUGUGGCCAAAAGGGUCCAUAGCCCCCAGGCCAUGUUUGGUGGUUAUGAGAGUUGGAAAAAGGGUAGAGAUCGACGUGGUAGGGAUUCUCUGACAUCCCGUCGGUCUACUUUUCAGUCGGAUGGGAUGAUUCGACAAGAUAUCGAUCUUGACAGUGAAGUGAGCACCGAACCUCGAAGGUCUCUUUUGCCGGACCCGAAGGACGAAAAACGCGUGAUUCUGAUCAGUCCCGAGAGUCCUGACGAAGAACAGGCAGCUCCACCACGCCCUCCCCCCACCACACCCCCCGAAGAAGAGGAGGGAGAGAUUGUGGAUGAUGACGAUGACGAUGAAGACGAUGUGGAAGCGACGACGGUGUCGAGUGAGUACAGUCCCUCAUCCUCUACUUCGACUCCGCAACGCCUGCCCCAAGAAAGUCCACACAAGCCCACUUACUAUCCCUCCCCAUCACCCGGAAAGCGGCCAAACUGGGAUUUCAACCAGCAGUCGCAAAACCAGCCUAAAAAGCGAAGGAAACAGCUGGAGGAUGUUGAUUAUCGUGUGGCCCAGUCAGGUGAUGGCUCGGGUCUGAAGAUUGCGCGCGAUCGGGACUACCGACCCAGCGCAUCCACUCCGGUGCCUCACACGAAUCGAUUUAAAGACACCGACUACCGCUACCAAGUGUACAUACCGAAGUCGGCGGAAGCGGUGUCGGUGCCGGUUAAGGUAAUAAACCAUGCCUACGAUGCGGAAAAUCAGGCAUGGCAACAAUACAACCUGGUCAUAUCCUCCCCUGAAAGCGACUCCCAAAUGUCUCCCCCGUCCACAUCGCCGCAAUCCCGACCAAGUCACAGCAGAUCUCAUCCUAGGGUUGGUGACUCCUCGAGUGGUUGCUUACUGCCAGCUCCGCAGAUCAUCCCCCUGACUCCCAUUCCGAUUGCGGUCUCUCGACCCGCUGUCGUCCCCGGCUUCUACCUCCCUUCAGGCACUACAGCUUCUCCAGGUCGCAGAGGUUUCGGUAGACCGCUUGUUGGAGUGCCCGGUAUAAUCGGUUACCACCCCUUAUCCACGGCUGGUCGCACUGCCGCGGUCAUCCCAACUUACUACACUCCAAUUAUGACCCGUCGCCGUCAUCCGCAGCCACCACAAUCCCUACGGCCGGCCCAUUCUGUCGGGGCUGAUGCCUCCGCCUCCAGCGACUCCACUAGUGGGGACAGUAGUGGCGUUGCUAGCAAUAUACGUGUUGGUCUUGGUAUUCUCGCCCUACUUCCGAAUCCCCACCACUUCGAAUCGGUUUUAUCGUUGCGGAUGCGCUAUGGCGCAUGGCAGUUCCAGCUAAGUCUUCUUCCAGAAGUCAAGUCGCAGUUUGGUCGAGUUCUUGAAGGUUCCAUUUGUCCCCCUUGGGGUGCCUGUGUGCAGGGAUUCGAUAUUUUCAAGUGUCAGGAUGCGAUUUAUUCCUCGUCGCACAUUUCUGUGGUUUUAUGGCGGUGUGGAGGUCCAGCAGGCCUUUCGGUCGAAGCCGUGUCGGCAACUGUGCUCUGGUACCUGAACCCAGUGCAAAUUGAUGCUCCCGGUCUGCGAUCUGACAGUUUCCAUAAUUGUUUGAGCAUGAUUCGCCUAAAUCUAGCUCACUACGGCACCGCGUCAAAUGGAGCUCUUGCCAUACCAUCCAGCAGACCUGUUUUUAGCGAGGUUGACGUGCGAGGCCGAAUUGUAAAGCUGUUUGGGUAG